AUGGCCAGCUACUUUGGAUUGCGUAAACAAGAGGAAGAUGACCAGCUAUGCCCUUCUCUUACUCUCCAGCAAAGAAUAAUAGGAUUUGGUAUUUGCGCAGCAGUGGGGUUCCUUCUCGGAAUCCUUGCAUGGAUGACUCUUUUUAAAGUGAUUGCAGGAAAGCCUUAUUCAUUCGCCAUUUGCUUUUCACUCGCAAAUGUUGUAUCUAUAGCCGGUUCAGGCUUUCUAGUCGGAUUCAAAAGACAAAUUAAAUCCAUGUUCGAUAAGAAAAGGUGGAUUACGACAACGAUCUAUUUAGGAGCACUUGUCAUGACACUCAUCUGCGCAUUGGUUUUCAAAAACGCUGCUUUGACACUCAUAUUUUUAAUUGUAGAAGUAUGUGCUUAUAUAUGAUAUGGGCUCUCUUAUACACUAUUAUAAAUUGAAUCAGAUAUAGGCAAUUAGAUUCAGACUUUAUUUUGCAAGCAUCAUUUUUAUUAGCAUUUGGCUAAAUACAGUAUAUACCUUUUGGGCAAAAAUUAGCAGUGAAAAUCUGUGGAACUUGCUGUGAAGAUUAA